UGACGGUCACUUGCAGCAUGGAAAAUUUUUAUCCUGAUAAUGCCAACAUGGAGCUGUUUAGCAAGGAUACCCCAAGCAAAAAAGGAAAGGUUGUCCAGAAGACCCGGAAGUCCGACGGGACAUCUUCCCUGAAGAAGUACUGGGAGGUGCUGGCCACCAAAGACAGGAACUCCUCACUCUUCACUUGUGUGGUUCAACAUAACUCCCAGCCUCUGGUCAAUGCAACAGCAACAUUGUUCAUUGUGAUGCAACCUGAAGGAAUUGUUGGAGGACAGAAUGUGGAGAUAAUGCAACGUCCAGAAUCCCUGUCGGUGACAGCUGGAGAGACCCUCAAUCUGACAUGUACCCUGACUGGGGGGAAUCCACCAGGAGGAGUGAGGUGGUACAAAGACCUGGACAGAAGCCAACCUCCCAUUAUCAGCUCACAGGGGCAAGCUUCGAACCGGGGGGUGAGGGUCGUCCCAGGAUCAAGCACAGACUUCAGCAUCUCCAUCCGAAACAUCCUCCCUGAAGAUGCUGGGACCUACUACUGCGUGAAGUUCAGGGCAGGCAACCCAGAGAGACAGCUGGCUUCGGGGAAAGGCACCGUGGUCUUUCUGAUCGCCAGGCCAUCCCAGCCUUUGCUCCGUGGCCCCCCAGGCAGAAUCAAGGCAGGGUCUCGGGCCUCUUUCAACUGCUCCUCAGAGGGAUUCUCCCCCCGAGAGAUCACAGUCACCUGGUUGAAGGAUGGGAAGGAAAUAGAGGGGGCCGAGACCAGGAUUCUGGAUUCUGGUGAACAGCAGAACAUCUCGUACCGAGUGGAGAGCACGGUGGAAGUGCUGCUCGGGAAAGGAGACAUAAGGUCGCAGCUGACCUGCCAGAUCCACCACAGCUCCUUGGAGGCUCCCCUCCAGCAGGACUUUCCACUUUGUGAUAUCCUAACAGGAAAUGCCUUGGGUGGGGCAAGAAAUGAAGUAGCCCCAGAUGUCUCUCCUGCUACUAUCUAUGCUACUAUCGGCAUGGCUGCCUGGAGGUCCUUCUUGGGAAUCCCUGGUCUGCUUCAGCUGCUGCUCCUCCCACUUGUGCAAGACCUGACCAGUCCAUCCCAGCCUUUGCUUCAUGGCCCCCCAGGAAGAAUCAGGGUGGGGUCUCAGGCCUCUUUCAAUUGUUCCGCGGAGGGAUUCUCCUCCCAAAAUAUCACAGUCACCUGGUCAAAGAAUGGGAAAAGAAUUCAGGGUGCCCAGACCAAGAUUCUGAAUUCUGGUGAAAAGCAGAGUACCUCGUACCGAGUGGAGAGCAUGGUGGAAGUGCUCCUCAGGCAAGAAGACAUGAGGUCGCAGCUUACCUGCCAGAUCCAACACAGCUCCUUGGAGGCUCCCCUCCAGAAGGGUUUUCGACUUGGUGCUAUCCUAAGAGUUCCCCCCAGAGUGCACGUUGACACCAGCCCACCUUCCCCAGUCCAGGUGAACACCACCGUGAUGGUCACUUGCAAUGCAGAAAAAUUUUAUCCAGAGGAUGCAAAAAUUGAGUUCUUUACCAAGAAUCCCAGUACAAAAGGAAAGGUUGACCCUAUGACCUUGAAUUCAGAUGGGACGUCCUCCCUUAAGGGUCACAUGAAGGUGAUAGCCACUGAAGAUAGGAACUCCUCACUGUUCACUUGCCUAGUCAAACAUAAUUCGCGUCCAGCAAUCAAGAAAACAGCAACACUGUUCAUCAGGACAAAGCUUGAAGAAAGCUCACAGCAACAGUCCACCUUUGAUCUCUGGACAGGUGGUCUCUGGAUGGGGCUUUUCCUGAACAAAAUAGGACUGGUUCUUUUCCUCCUUGGCCUUUUCCAAAUCAAGGAGCGCCGAUGCUGCAUUGCCAGACCUUUUGGCAGAUCUUCCCAAGAAGUGAGACAGGCUGAAAGUUCAACUUGAGAGCACCUAUUUCUGACAAC